GGUUCUGUUUUGGUAUGUUUGGUGUCAAUACACUUGUGCUGUUAGUGGAGUGGAUUUGAAGGAAAGGUAUAAGAAUGUGAAACCAUGUUAUCUUUGUUGUUGAAGACUGUAGGCAUAAAUAUAUUGAUUGCAUAGCUUUUUGUUUACGUAAAUCUGGAUGGACCACUUGUUAAAGAUUAUCUGUUUGGUUACUGAUUCGUUUGAUUAUUGUUGAUUAAUGGUGUCAUUUAUAUGUAGGUGGACAUUGAGCAAUGAGCUUGUAGGAGAUUUAGUUGGUUAUUGAGAUGGACAAGAGGAAUUGGUUGUGGAAAAGGCGAUCUUCUGAGAAGAGCAUUGGUGAAACUGAGAGUUCUGGAUCAUUGUCUUCACAUUCAGAGAGACAUUCUGAUGAGCAGGAUCCGUUGAAAGAAACUCCAGAUAAUGACAUUCAGUCACCGGAAGUAACCUCGAAAGUUGCAACUCUAGAUCAUGAAGCCAAGGAAAGUCCAAAGAAGUUGAUAGAAAAGCUAUCAGCUGCUCUAGUUAAUGUUAGUGCAAAAGAAGACUUAGUUAAGCAGCAUGCUAAAGUGGCAGAAGAAGCUGUUGCAGGUUGGGAAAAGGCAGAAAAUGAGGUUGCAGUUCUAAAGCAGCAACUUGAGACAGCUGUGCAGCAGAACUCAACUUUGGAUGUUCGCGUCAACCAUCUUAAUGGUGCUCUCAAGGAAUGUGUCAGACAACUGAGACAAGCUAGAGAUGAGCAGGAGCAAAGUAUUCAAGAUGCUGUGGUAGAGAAGGAAAAAGAAUGGGAAUCUGAAAAAGCUGCACUUGAAUAUCAGCUACUUGAGCUCCAGACACAAGCAGAGGCUAGUAGAACUGGUUCUCUUGUUUAUACUGAUCCUAAUGUUCUUGUCAGGCUCGAGUGUCUGGAGAAGGAGAACACAGCUCUCAAAAUUGACCUUUCAUCUUGUUCAGAGGAGUUGCAAAUUAGAACCAUUGAGAGGGACUUGAGCAACCAAGCAGCAGAAACUGCUAGUAAGCAGCAGUUAGAGAGCAUAAAGAAAGUGACCAAGCUUGAAGCUGAGUGUCGAAGACUACAAGCCUUGGCUCGCAAAUCAUCCCUACUCAGUGACCAAAGAUCUUCUGCUGUUUCAUCUUUCUCUGUUGAGUCCUUCACCAAUAGUCAAUCCGGUAGUGGAGAUCGACUGAAGACUGUCGACACUGAUAGCCACAUGAUGCGCAAACUGGAAACAAGUGAAUGUGAUCAAAGUUGCUCUGAUUCAUGGGCAUCAGGACUUUUUACUAAGCUCGAUCAAUUUCAGCACGAAAAAGCUAUGCCUAAAACUCUCGCUGCCCAGUCUUUAGAAAUUGACAUGAUGGAUGACUUCUUGGAGAUGGAGAGACUCGCUGCAGUAUCUGAAACUGUGAAUAAAGCCUCUUCACUUACAUCUGAUGCUGUUGCCGAUGACUCAUCAAGUGAAGAGAAUCCCCUGGCAGCAGAAUGUGAAACCAUUUCACAAAGGGUGGUUGAAUUAGAGCAAAAGGUGGAGAAAAUUGAAGCAGAGAAAGCUGACCUGGAAAAUGCUUUAACUGAGAGCCAAGAUGCCCUCAAGAUGUCCGAUUUGCAGCUUAAGGAAGCUCAAAUGAAGUUGGAAGAGCUACAGAAGGAGCUAGAUGAAGUGAAUGAGUCAAAAGAGUUGCUUGAGUUUCAACUCUUUGGCAUGGAAGUAGAAGCACGGACAAUGUCUGCAAACGUUGAUUCUUUAAAGACAGAAGUCGAAAGAGAACGAUCAUUGUCAUCUAAGAAGGAAACUAAGUGCCAGGAAUUGGAAAAUGAACUAAGAAGAAAAUCCCAGGAAUUUGAACUUCAGCAAGCUUCUUGUUCAAAUGGUGAAUCGAAAAUAAAGCAGGAAGAUUUAGCUGUAGCUGCUGACAAGCUUGCAGAAUGCCAGAAAACAAUUGCAUCUCUUGGGAAGCAGCUUCAUUCACUAGCCACUUUAGAAGAUUUCUUGAUAGACACUGCAAAUCUUCCUGGAUUUUCUGGGGAAGGAUCAGUUGUGGCUGGAGCUAGUGGAGAGGAAUGGAAAUUACAUGUAAACGAGACAUUUACCCGAAACAGCAAUUCAGACACUCCAAAGAUUGAGAAUUCUAGUCAUUCUAUGAACGGAAAUGAAGGGGAAUCAUCCUCUUCUUCGUCAUCAUCAUCAUCAGCUACUCAAGUGACAACAUCCAGAAGUAGAAAUGGUUUUGGGAAGUUGUUUUCUCGAAGCAAGAGUGGAAUUCAGCUCUAAAAUGU